AUGCUCGGGCCGAGGUUGGAGGGGCUUAAUGCCCAGGCAUGGCGGGGGGCUCGGCUCAGAGUCUUUGCAGUCGUUGGGACGGAGUCGGAUGGCGACGCAGUGUGCAGCUUGGGACUGGGUGGGCAGCCUCACUGCAGCCAGUGCAAGGCGGGUAGCUAUGAGCAGAGCCUCUGCUCACAUCCGCAGCUGGUGGUCGAGGCUGGGAGCGCCGCCGUGAGGCGAGGUGUGCCUGCGCUGGUUCGAGAAGCCUCUCAGCGCACAGAGAAGAUUCGGAUGUUGGAGGCGCUCCGGGAGUCUAGAGAGCGGCUGACGGUGUGCAAUGACCCGACUUGCCGCUUUUUGGAUUUUGCGGGCCCUUGCGCGCACGGCCGCGAGGAGUGGCUCUGUCUGCCGGCGGCGGCGUUGGACACGGGUCACUCGCACAAGGCCAUUGACACCGUAAUGAGCCGCGGGGGGCGAGCGGUGGUCGACUCCUGCGAGCGAUGGGGAGACACCGGCGUGGCACAGCGCGAUGCUGCAAAGCACUUCUGCGGGCCAAGGCCGUUGGAGGAUGCAGCGCCAUGCGGGAGGCCGUGGGUGAUGGAGAGUCGAGAGGGGAUGCUGACCAUGGCGGGGGCACGCUACCGCGUGACCAUGCAUCGGCGGGUCUGCGCGAUCUUGCCGGGUCGAGUGGCUGCAUGCUGCAGCCUGGCCUACGACGGACAGGAGGAUGGGAUCUUUAACUUCUCCGGCACCAAUCUCAUCUCCCACGGCCUUCUGCUGCGCAACCACUUUGCGGCCGCCCUGGGUGCCUCUCACACCCUGGGCUUCGACGCAAACGAUAUGGCUGCGGCCAGCUUGGACGGGCCCGGAGCGCCCCGCCUGGAUGAUAGGGUCUUUGACUCCGCCAUGAGGGCCUUCAACGACCUGGCGGCCAGGCCCAUUCAGCAUGCGUGCAAGCGGCCGGAUUGCUCGCACCUGUACACUUCGGAGGUGCUAGCAGCCGAGGCGGCUGCUCGAGAAGGAGGCAUGCCUCUCGCACGGGAGCGGACCAAGGGUGAUGCGGACCAGUUGGAGACUUACGCUUUCGGCCCGGACAAGGUGAUCACGUUCGAUGGAACUUUCUUCCCCAACGCAAGCGCCAUGCGGGACGCCAGGGAGAGUGGCCUCCACAGCAUCACGGAGCUAGGCCCGGGGGCUCCCACGGUGGGUGGCGGCUUUACCCCGUUGAGCGUGGGAGGGUUGUAG